AUGGAUAAAUCAUUUCUCGAAUUCGCUCGAUAGUCGGAUCAUAUUAUAUAAUAAUAAUAAUAAUUUAAAACAGACAAUACAUUAAAAUAAAAGAAAAUAUUUACACAUAUAUAUAAAAAAGUAAUUUAUAAUUUACAAUGAAUUUAGAAAAAUUCUGCCAUGAUUUACCAAAAUUGGAACUUCAUGCUCAUUUGAAUGGAUCUUUAAGCGCGGAUACUUUAAAAGAAUUAUACAAAAUGCAAAAUUCUGAAUUAGGAAAUUAUGAAGAUGUAUUUAUGGACAUGAAAGAUUUUUCAACAUUAAACGAAUGCUUCAAAGUAUUUGAUAUAAUACAUUUAUUGACAGUAACACCAGAGGCAAUUUUUCAUGCUACUUAUAAUACAAUUAAAGAAUUCCAAGAUGAUAAUGUAAUAUAUUUGGAACUUAGAAGCACACCUCGUGCUAUUCCUGAGAAAAUGUCAAAACAAGAAUAUGUAGAAGCAAUCAUAAAAGCAUUUGAAGUCUGCAAAAUUGAUUUUCCAAAUAUAUUAGUGAAGUUAUUAAUAUCUGUUAAUCGUAAGCAAGGAUAUAAAGCAGCACAAGAAAACAUAGAAUUAGCAAUAAAUUUUAUGAAGAAAUAUCCACAAUAUAUUGUUGGACUUGAUCUUAGUGGAGAUCCAAUGACAGGAAGUAUUUUUUUAAAGUUAUUAAAAAAAGCUAGAAUGGCUGGACUUAAAAUAGCAGCUCAUUGUGCAGAGGUUUCAAAUGAAACAGAAGCAAUAGAUAUUCUUGAAUUUAAACCAGAUAGAUUAGGACAUUGUACUUGUGUUCAUCCUACAUUACAAGGAACGAAUAAAUUAUUUAAUCUGCUUAUUAAUUCAAAAAUUCCUGUAGAAUUGUGUUUAACUUCAAAUGUUCGAUGUAAAACUGUACCUACUUAUGAAUCUCAUCAAUUUAAAUAUUUGUUUGAAGUUGGUCAUCCUAUUUGUCUUAGCACCGAUGACAAAGGUGUCUUUCAUACAUCUUUAUCUCAAGAAUAUAAAAUAGCUAGUUCAACAUUUAAUUUAAGUCGAGAACAACUAAUAAAACUUUGUUUAUCAUCCGUACAAUAUGCUUUUGUUACAUCAGAAGAAAAAGAAGUAUUAUUAUCUAAGAUCAAAAAUUUUUAUUGUAAAGAAUAUACUAUUAAAGAUUGAAAUUAUAAUAAUAAU